UCCCAUUAUUCUAUGGGCAGUCGAGCUUUUUCCCAUGACAGUAUUUUUAUACCUGAUGGGAGAACAGAGAGUGAACAGGCCAUCCAAGCAAUGUCACAGGAGAACGUUUUAGGAAAAGUCAAAACUCUUCAGCAACAGUUGGCCAAGAACAUAAAAUUUGGGCAGCCUCCACAAAUGACAGUUUCUGUGAGGACAAUAGGGGAGGCAAACGCUAGUAUGGAAGAGGAUGUGCUGCUCAGUAGCCCCAUGGAGAUUGAGACUCAGCAGGACACAGUGAUCUCAGACAGUGGUAAUAAAUCCACUGACACUGGAGAUUUCUUGAGAGCAAUGAAUUUGCCUGUAACAGGACAUGAAGUGGAAGAAAAGGUCACUCCAGUCAAAUCAUCUCGGCCAAAAAGACAAUUUUCCUGUUCUGGCACAAUUGAAACAAUCAAUUUGGAUGCAGUUCCCCAGGCUGUUGCUCGCCUAGACAACAGUGCAGCUAAACACAAGCUGUCAGUGAAGCCAAAAAAGCAGAGGAUGUCAAGAAAGCACAAGAGAUUAACAAAGGGAUCACAAAGUUUAACAAUAACAGAAUUUGAGCCAGAGGACCUAGAAACUGAGGUAUAUGGAGACAGAUACCCAGGGUAUAAUGGACACAUCAUAGCAGACAAGCUAAUCCAGAACAGAGAUGAGCAGAAGCACCUUCAGCUGGCAGAGGAGAAAAGAAUUGAAGAUCACUGGGGGAUCUUUGAGGCUGAAAGGAUAAGGCAGAUAGUAGAAAUGGAAGAACAAAGAGAAAUGGAAGAACAAAGGUGCCAAGAACUUGAGCAGAUUCAGAAAGAGCAGGAGAGAAGGCAUUGUGAAGAAGAGAGGGGGCAGUAUCUCCUUGAAGGAGAGACAUCUGUGGAAAUAGAAGAGCAAACAUGCCCUAAAGAGGAGAGAGGACUGCUGGAGGCUGAAAAGAGGCGAGAGCUGGAGGAGCAGAAGCAGCAGAAACUGGAGAAGCAGAGGCAGAAGGAGUUGGAGGAGCAGCAGGGACAAGAGCUGGCGGAGCAGAAGCACCAGGAAAAAGAGGAGAAGCAGAGACAAGAGCUGGAGGAGCAGAAACUCCAGGAACGGGAGCAGCAGAGGCAGAAGGAGUUGGAGGAGCAACAGAGACGAGAGCUGGAGGAGCAGGGGCACCAGGAACGGGAGGAGCAACAGAGACAAGAGCUGGAGGAGCGGAAACUCCAGGAAUGGGAGGAGCAACAGAGACAAGAACUGGAGGAGCAGAAGCACCAGGAACAGGAGGAGCAACAGAGACGAGAGCUGGAGGAGCAGAAGUGCCAGGAAUGGGAGGAGCAACAGAGACAAGAGCUGGAGGAGCAGAAGUGCCAGGAACAGGAAGAGCAGAGACGUAAGGAGUUGGAGGAACAGAAGCAUCAGGAAUGGGAAGAGCAGAGGUGCAAGGAGCUGGAGGAGCAGAAGAGGCUAGAGCUGGAAGAAUUAAGGCAACACAAGAUCGAAAAACAGUGUCAAGAGGGAGACGAAAGAAAUUGGCUGGAGGAGCAAAAAGAACUCAAGGAACAAAAUAAGGAAUUAAAACAGAGACGAGAGCUAGAAGAGAAGGAGCUUCAAGAAGCUGAAAUAAAACUGAAGCAGGAGAAAGAAGCUGAGAGCCUCAAACAACAAAAGAAACAGGAGGAACAAAGGCAUUUGAAGGAGAAAGGAGAAAAGACAGAGAAGGAACAACCCCAGCAACAAAAGGAACAAAAUGAACAAGAGUGGAACAAGCUGGAAGAGCAGAAGGUAGACCCAGAAGGACAAAAUCUUCAGCAAAUCCAACAAGAAAAAUCCUUGGAACAGCAACAGGACAAGGAUCAAUUGUGUUCUGGAGGGGCUGACAGGCAUCCAGUAGAGGAGAAGCUCCAAGAAGGAACAAGAUCCCAAAAACUCAAACAGCCAGAAGAAGGGAAUAAAACAGCAGAAGAAGUCCUAGCCCAGAAACUGAAGAGAGAAGUUGAGGCUCAGGAGCAAAAGCGAAUAGGCGAAGAACUUAGGUGGCAAGAGGUAGAUGAAAGACAGACUGCAUCUAGACCCUUCACAUUUCAAGUGUCUUCUGGAGAUAAACAGAUCAUAUUUCAGAAAGUAAACCUGAGUCCAGUCAUGCCCGUCAAAGGAGCAGGACACUCUUCCCCAUCUGUCAAAGACUACAGGAUGCACGCUUCCAGCAAGGGCUCUCAUACGCUCCCGUCUUCUGUGUGUGUACCCCAUACAGCUAUUUUGGUUACUGGAGCACAGCUGUGUGGCACAGCAGUUAACUUGAACCAGAUAAAGGACACGGCUUGUAAAUCAUUACUUGGCUUAACGGAAGAGAGAAAAAAUGUGGAUAUUCCUUCACCAGAGAAAGCUCAGAAAAAAACCCAGGAUCCCAAACCCAGCAACAGUAAAAUGAAAUAUGCACAAGAGACAUUGAACAACCAGGCUGUACUAGCUGAGUGGGCUUCCAUCCGCUCCAGGAUCCUAAAGAACGCAGAAAACAGCAAAUACAAUGAGAGAGACCGAGUGAGUGUCUGCAGACACAGUGAUGACUGGACACCCCGAGGACGGGGUGCUCCUCAUGGCAACUUGAGGAAAACCCUCUCUGCAAAUGCAAAGUUCUCGAUAACGCCAGCAUGGCAGAAAUUUUCAGAAGCUUCAAAAACCAGUUCAGAUGUUGAAAACCUAAGUGCGGCAAAAGGCAAUGAAACAGUGGCUGAGGGAAGAAUCACUGGCUCAUCCAGUGAUUCGAAGGAGGAUGUGGCUUCCACUUUUAAGGAUCACUUAGCUGAAAAGGCUAAGGCAAAAAUGGAAACCCAUCGUGAAAUGACAGACAACACAGAAGGCUGUAAAUUUGCGAAAGAUCUUCCAUCUUUCCUUGUUCCAAGCUUUCCUCAUUCUCCGAGUAAAGAAUUACCCCAGGCAGGACUUCCCAGUGCUCUGGAAAAUGAGCAGAGUAACACCACAAAAAAAGCAGACAAACCAGCACCAAAUGCAGAAGAAAAUGUUUCUCCUUUUGGGAUAAAGUUACGGAGGACAAACUACUCUUUACGUUUCCAUUAUGAUCAACAGGCAGAGCAAAGGAAAAAGAAAAGAUACAGUGCAGGAGAUAGUUUUGAUGGUGUGCCUGACCCACUAGUUACAACAGAAGGUGAGAAAGAAUCCUCUGUUUUUGCUCCACAAGAGACUACAUCCCCUGGCACGGGGAGAGCGAACGUCACUGGCUUUUUAAAAGACUCAAAAGACUCUUCAAUUACUGUAGUGGAGAUUUCACAACCAGUGGGCACACCAGCGGUCCUACCAGCCACCAGCCAGAGUGCUUUACCCCCUCCUCAUGAGAAACCAGCAGGCAAGUCACUGGUCCCACAGAAACCUGCUUUAGCUCCAAAGCCCACCAGCCAGACACCGCCAUCGUCUCCUCUCUCUAAAAUGAACAGGUCAAACCUAGCUGAUACAGUAGGACAAAGGUUGGUUAAAGCUGAAUCGGAUGGUGGUUGGAGAAAAGAAGACAGAACAAAUGCAGUGCACCCCACACCAUCCAAUGAGUACAGAAAUGAAGAGGAAGAAAUCAGAGAAAAGAAGUCGUUUUUCCCAUCUAUAAGUAUUCCGUGGAGAGAAAAAAAUGACAAAAAGCCUGAGCCGCUGAAGAAAGAAAAACCAGUCCUCCAGAGCAGGCACUCUUUAGAUGGAUCUAAAGUGAUGGAAAAAGUUGAAACAUCACAACCACUUUGGAUUACUUUAGCGCUGCAAAAGCAAAAGGGAUUUCGUGAGCAGCAAGCUACAAGGGAAGAGAGGAGACAAGCCAGAGAGGCAAAGCAAGCAGAGAAGUUGGCUAAAGAAAAUGCUGCUGUAAGUAAUCAGUCAGAUAAUAAAAGCAGCAGCAGCAAAACAAGCACACUGCAGAAAUCUUCAACUCAAGAAGGGGAGAAGAAGAUUGAGACUGCUGUGUCAAGACUAGAAAGAAGGGAACAGCUAAAAAAGUCGAACACUCUUCCAACUUCUGUGACAGUGGAAAUUUCAGAUUCUGUUCCGUCAACCCCGCUGGCAAAGGAGGUAGCCAAGAGAUUCUCUACUCCUGAUGCUAACCCUGUGUCAACAGAACCAGCCUGGCUUGCAUUAGCCAAGAGGAAAGCAAAAGCCUGGAGUGACUGUCCACAGAUCAUAAAGUAAACUGUAACAUUACAUCUCUAUUGCUAUUAAUUGCUUUCUUUUUAUUUAUUCAGCUUUUUACACUGAUGAAACUGAAAAUGCAUGUAUUGAAGGACUGAAAACUGAACUGAUUACCAUUUUGCUGUAGCUCACUGUAAAGGCUACUCAAGUCAUAUAUUUCAUCAUUGCUUUGACAAAUAGCUAAAUGAGCUCACGGCAAAAAUUUCAGAGCCAGACUCGCUCAAAAAUUUAAGAAUGCUCAGAUACUGGAUGUAAAUUUUAGCAAGUAUAGUAACAAGAACUUCAGUUCAGAAGCUCCUUAAAUUCCGUGGGUAUCCAGUUCCGGAAUUUUAGAUCUCUACACUUAAGUGGAGAUCUCAUAAAUUUUUUUCAACACUCCAUUGUUGAAAAUUAAGGCGAGAUGCAUGUUCCCUUCUCUUAUGCCUAAUUUUUUUUUUAAGUGUUAAACUGUAUGAACUGUCAGUUCUACCUGCUAUUUGAAAGCUUCUUCC